ACACAAACGUAACCCCCGCAGCGAGUUACUCCAAUUCGCGCCGACUGAUCGAGACCUGCCGAUCCGUUCGUCUCCUCUCCCGUGACCGCGCGCGGCUAUGAAGUUGUUCAUGUGCUUCGGCGGUGCGGCGGCGGCGGUCGUGAUCGGCGACGACGAAGCGGCCGCGCCCAGACACCGGGGCCUGCGCCGUGGCCGCCGGAGCCUGUCGUUCCGGGGGAAGCUGAAGUUCUUGCCCGGUACUCACAACAAGGGCGGAUGCAGCGAGAAGAAACCGUCGGCGGCGCCACCGCUGGGCCAGCCAACGAAGCGGGGGGCGGACGCAGACAACGACGACGGCGUCUACGGCGUGUCCAGGGCGUCGUCGGUGGCGUCCUCGGCGCUGCUGAGCUCCGCGUCGUCGUGGCCGCUGGACUCAUCGGACACUUCGUCGUCGUCGUCGUCGUUGUCGCGCUCCUCGUCCGCCUCGUCCUCGCCGUCGGUCUCGGGGAUGCUUUCUCCGCCGUCGGUAAAGCUGCGGCCGAAUAACAAGAGGCCCGCGUCGUCCCCGUCCCCGGCGGCGGGCGCCGCGGCCGUGGUGCUGUGCCUCCUCAUGGUGGUGCUUUUCGGCCGGGUCGGGGCCACGCUGCUCAUGUCCACGGCGCUCUACCUCUUCCCGCGACGGUGGCCCGCGACGACGCGUAAGGAGAGUACGGCCGCCGUCGACCCGCUGGACGGCUGGAGCGCGACGCCGGAGAAGAGGAAGGUGGUUAUGGAGCGGUGUGACGCGGUCCCUGGCCUGGAGUGGAACCGCAACAAGUGAAGCCAUGAUCCCGCCGUUUCGUUUUUGCCCCCUGCUAUUUUUUUUUAGGAAUCAGUGAUCCUUUUUUGUUUAGAUGGAAAGGAUUAGUUUUUGCAGUACUCGGCAGUUUUGUUUUGUCCAAGGGUUUUUUGCAAUUGUAUUCAAUGCCCAAUGUGACCAAACUUAUUAUACGACA